AUGCAAUCGAUAAAUGGAGAAGAGCAGUUAGUAAUUGGUGGAGACCUAAAUGGACACGUUGGAAGCGCCCUGGAUGGAUACCCUCGAAACCAUGGUGGCCAAGGAUAUGGUACCCGGAACGAUGAGGGAAACCGAGCCCUGGACUUUGCGGAAGCCCAUGAUCUUGUCCUCGCCAACACCUUCUUCAAGAAGAGACCGUCCCAUCUCAUUACGUACGCCAGUGGUGGGAGAUCAACUCAAAUUGAUUACUGGCUUGUCAAGCGGGAUAAGCUGAAAACGGUGACAAACACUAAAGUCAUACCAUCGGACAACAUCGCCCCACAACAUCGCAUCCUGGUCAUGGACAUAAAAAUGGACAUUGGCCAGCGACAUCGCCCACCAACAACUGGACAGCAGCGAAUUAAGUGGUGGCGGAUGAAGGAAUGCAAGGAUCAGCUGAGAGUUGCCUUUAAUCAGAUUGACGUGAACACCAACCGACCGGCGAAUGCGAUUUGGGAAGAUCUCGCCGGCCAACUGUGCACAGCAGCAACGGAAGCACUGGGGCUAACUAAGCCGGGAAAACACUUCAUUGACAAGCAAAUAUGGUGGUGGAACGAAGAAGUUCAGCUAGCAGUGAAAGAGAAGAAGCUAGCUUUCAAGAAGUGGCGCCAAACGCUCACAGAUCUGGAUUACCAACAUUACAGAAACUGCAAAUCGGCAGCGAAGCGAGUAGUUGCAGCGGUGAAAUUAGCUCAAUACGACCAACUGUAUGUCGAACUGGACACCCCAGAAGACGUGGAUCCCUUCAGAUACUGCUGCCAGUCCGGGGACAAUCGGCUGUGCAGCUUGUACCACCAGAGGCGUCCUAUUAACCGAUGCACUUACUAUAGACCUCCUUUCUUCGCGUUUCUCAUUGGCGACCCUCAUGUCACGACCCUGGACAAUGCCGCAUACACCUUCAAUGGCCUGGGAGAGUACACGGUCUUAGAAGCAUUUGGAGAGAACAUCACUUUCACCAUGCAGGCCCGGACAGCAAUUGCAGGUGUCAUUGGAGUCUCCAAAGCCACUUCUUUUGUUGCCAUUGUAGCCCAAGAAAAUGGAUCCGCAAAGGUUGAAUGGAUUCUCAAAAACAAUAUCACAAUAAUCCUAGUAGAUGGUGACGUUGCAAAUAUCACAGAUUCACGCGUUUACUUCAAUAAAACCUCCGUUUGGCGAUCAGAAAAUUCCUCCAUCACUGCCUCCUUCCCGUCGGGCAUCUCUGUGAACGUAACGGCUUCUUACGGGGCCCUCAACUUCAUCACGAUGCUGCCCGAGAGCUUCAUCAACAUGACGCAGGGUUUGCUGGGCGUUUUCAACAAAGAUCCAACAGAUGAUUUCCGAGCUGCAAAUGGCACUGUGCUACCUUUUAACGGGACAGAUGUACCUUCAGAGUCCAGGAUUUACUAUGAAUUUGGGGUUACAUGGCAAAUAACUGCAAACACGAGCUUGUUUUCCUACAACACCAGUGAUGGGGAGAGCUGGCACACCUACAACAACAACACUUUCGUGCCGUUAUUUUACGAAGACCUCAUAAACCAGACAUCUCCAGAACGACUGGCCUUCGUCAACGCUUCCUGCGGAGGGCAAAAGGACUGCAUUUUUGAUGUGCUCAGCACUAACGACACCAACUUUGGAAUGGCCACAAAGAACAGCGCUGGAGAUUUUGGAUCUCAGGGCCAAGCACUGCAAAACUUCCCUCCCAACAUCACAACGGGCGGUCGACUCUUCACCAGCCUCAAUCAAACGGUCUCGGUGCAGAUCAAUGCAAAGGACCCCAACAACGACACCAUCGUAUUUUCCAUGGCAACCAACUCGUCAGGCCUUACAGUCACACCUGAUGGCAAUUUGACGUGGAGCCCCAGAAGCUCGAAGCCAGCGUUUGACGUGGUGAGCGCCAGCGACGGCAAGGCCUCCUCUGCGCUGCUGCUCAACCUCACUCUGUGCAACUGCAGCGCCCACUCCACGUGCCUCUACAACCAGACCACCCUGAGCAUGAAUUCCAGCGAUGGAUCCUCUUUCCAGGUUGCCGGCUGUCUGUGUGAUCCUGGCUACGCGGGAGCAUACUGCACGGACGACUACAAUGCCUGUGUAGACAGCCCUUGUCAUCCUGGAGUGACCUGCACAGAUCAACCUGCACCCUCCCUAGGCUUUUCGUGUGGGCCCUGUCCCGUUGGGCUCACAGGCAACAGGCAGCAAGUGUUUCGAUAA